AUGUCACAGGAGAAACCAUCUACAGAGGUUACCCGAAUUGGUAGCCCGAGCUUAGAAGCAAGUCGAAAUCAAACAAAAGACCCACAAAAUGGCGCUCAGCAGGAGACCCAGGAGGAAGGUCAAGUCUUGACGAGAACUACGAUAACUCCCCGGCCAAAUUACGUUCCACCUUUGAAUUUUUCAUUGGUAGAGGACGGAAUUUACCGCUCUGGGUUUCCAAUGCCCAUCAACUAUCCAUUCAUGCAACAGCUCAAACUCAAGACAAUCAUUUAUGUGGGGGACUUGUCCCACGAGAAACCAAAGAAUAAAGAAAAAGCAGAUAAGCCAAAAGAAAAAGCAGAUAAGCCAAAAGAAAAAGCAGAUAAGCCAAAGAAGGACAAAAACGGCUCUGCUGCCAUAUACGAAAAGUACAAAGCAUGGAUCGACUCCACGGAUAUCAAGUUUUGCCCUUUGUUGGUGCAUUCGUCACAGGAGCCGUUCACCCUGUUGGAGACUCAGAUUCAGACUCAAGAGUCCCUUGAAGCAGCCCUACAUCUCAUACUAGAUAGGAGAAACUUCCCCAUACUCAUACAUUCCAAUAAGGGCAAGCACCGAAUAGGUGUUUUGGUGGGACUAAUGAGGAAGAUUCUUCAGGGCUGGUGCAUGAGUGGGAUCUUCGAGGAGUAUGAGAAAUUCGCCAUGGGCAAGUCCGAGUUUGACUUGGAGUUUAUAGAGAUGUGGCAGCCCGAGCUCAGCUACGAGGAAGAGUGGCUUCCGGGUUUUGUCAGGCAGUGA